AGAUGAUGUUCUGCUUUCUCAUGCUUUUUGUGGAGAGUUAAGAGAGGAAAAAAUCUAAAGUAUUGUGGUCCCAGACAUCUGCAUCAGCUCCAGGAGCACUGACAAGGCAAGAAGCACACAAGUGUCAAGAACUUAGAGGUGUUUAAAACUUCUGAAGCGUUUGUUUUCAUGAAAUCAAUUUCCAUGCAUUUAAGCAGGAACUUGCUGGAACGUGAGAUCUUUUUGAACGCUUCUCUGUCGGCAUGGGGAACCAGCUUCGGUGCUGUCUCAGACGCUUGUUUCGGUGUAAGGACAUCCCUGACCAAACUGAAGAGCAGUCUCCUCUCUUGUCAAGAGAGAACAGUGAUGUCGAAAGUCUGUCUCCAUCAGGGUCUGACGUGCUGGCGUCUCCUGUCCUGGAUCAGGACCACCUCCUUUACCCUGACAUAGUCCUUAGCAGUAGCCAUCGAACCACCCUGGACAGAACGGACUUUUCACAGCAGUUAGAGCUUGUUUUACCAGAGAGAGAACAAAACAAAGAACAAUCUACUUUAAAGGGUGAAUGCUAUGAAGUCUUUGGAGAAGAGCGAACGCCAAGCACAAAAAUCAGUCCGCGGGAAUUUCACCAUUUGGAUAGAAACCAGCUAUGCACCACUGAGAAAGAAUUGCCGUUACUGUCUUCCUUACAUUCAUGGCCAUUAGAACGAUCAAGUUCUCCGUCUCGGACCCUGAUCUACACCCACGGACAGGGAUCCAGGUAUUCCCAUGCUUCUCCGUGUCAAGGAAUGCAGUUAAUAGCACAGGGAAAUGGAAGCCACCAACUCGUUUUUUUGAAUCCGAAAUCCGCUGAGAUCUUCAGCACACCUUCAUCUGACAGCCUUGCAAAAGAAUCUACACACAAUGAGGACGAAGGAGGAACUCAACGAGCUGAAAGAACAGAACAAAUGGAGCUAAAUGUGGUACACAGAGACCAGAAUGUAGCACAACUGGGACAGGAAGUGGCUGAGCAUAUGCAAAGUGGUGUGCGUUCAGAAGACAAUGCAGCACAGCUAAAUAAAGGUGACGUUAAAAUUACUCUUGAUGUAACAAACCGAAUGGAACAUUAUCCAGUUCAAUCAGGACAAACAGAAGCACAAUAUAGACCAAGCACAGCACAGAGGGAUGAGACAAGGCAUGAAACUGUUAUUCUCAUUAGUCAAAAUGGAGAACAUGAAGAACCAGGUUUAGUGGAUAAACGAAACCAAGAAGAGGUCACUCAGACCCAAGAAUUUGUCUUGGAAAUGGAUUCCAGUGAGACAGAAGAAGACGAUACAGAGAUGGACCAGAUAGUUAAGACUUCCGCGAAUAAAGAACAGUACAUACCUGGGAAUGAACCUGAGUCUCCACCAAGCAAUCAAGUUCUAGUAGAGUUAAGAUCUCUUAAUGAGGAACAGGACAGGGAGAAAUCCGAAGAGCUGGAGCGGGACAAAACACUUUCAAAUCCAGACAAAAGACCAGAAAAGAAUGAACAGUUCACGCUGUUCGUAGUUGAUAAACUGUUCCUCGCCAGCCCAAGUAUUUCAGGCCCAAGUCCAAACAAUAUCCUUAGUGACCAAAUAGGGAUUUCAGAGCCGAACAGGUAUAGUGAAAAAGAUCUGCAGGAGGAUCCUGAUUCUGUAGAUGUAGAUCCUUCUGAGGAUGUGGGGUUGACAAUCAGGAUCCAAGCGCCUGGUAUUGAACCCACUGACUUCCAGGCGUCACCUCUAGCAAUGGUGCAGGAAAUCAAGCAAGUGUUAAUGGACCGCGAGGAGACCUGUCACCGUACCUGUUUCUCCCUGCAGUUAAAUGGAAAUACCCUGGAUAACUUCACUAAUCUCAAAUCCAUCACUGGCCUACAAGAGGGCUCACUUUUAAAGAUAGUGGAAGAGCCUUACACAGUUCGAGAAGUUCGUUUUCACAUUCGUCACAUCAGAGACCUGCUAAAGAGCUUGGACCCAACAGAUGCGUAUAAUGGCAUAGAGGGAAGCUCUCUAUCCUUUCUUAGGUUCUUCACUGAAGAACGUGUUGAAGAGAACAGCAAAUUCAGAAAAAGGGGUGAAGAAUUGAAGCAAUUCAACUGUAGCCCUCCUGAGUACAUUCUUCCAGGGUCUAAAGAAUGUUUACUAGGACCUCUGCAACCUCAAAGUGAGAAUUUGAAGCCCAUCGAAUGCCUGAAAGUGCUGAUGACCAGCAACUGGAACCCUCCUCCAGGAAACAGAAAAAUACAUGGUGAUCUUAUGUACCUCAACGUACUUACCAUGGAAGACAGAGGGUUCAGCAUUACAGCAUCAACUCGUGGCUUUUACUUGAAUCAGUCUACUACUUACGGCUUUAACCCAAAGCCAGAGAAUCCCAGUAUGCUUAGCCAUUCUUUAGUGGAGCUUCUGAGUCAGAUCAGUCCGGUUUUUAAGAAGAACUUCAGUCUUUUACUCAAGAAAAGAACAUCAACACAUCCCUUUGAGAGGAUAGGCACUCCAUUGCAAGUGUUUAGCUGGACUGCUCCAGCUCUUGAUCAUGCCAUGGACUGUGUUCGAGCUGAAGAUGCCUGCUCUUCUCAACUGGGCUAUGAAGGACAAGUGCCUGGACAAGUUUGUGACUGGAAUGAGGAGCUUCAGAGCACUAGAGAACUUCCACGUCAGAGCCUCAAAGAUCGUCUUCUGAGAGACAGAGCUAUCUUUAAGGCUAACAGCGAUUUUGUGAGCACUGCUACACGUGGUGCUAUGGCGGUGGUUGAUGGCAAUGUGAUGCCCAUCAACCCCAGUGAGGAACCUCGCAAUCACAUGUACGUCUGGAACAAUAUCUUCUUCAGCUUGGGCUUAGAUGGACAUGAACACUAUGAGGAGCUGGGCGGUGAGGCUGCAGCCCAUACUGCCUCAGCCAUUGAUCUGAAUGGUGUGAGAGCAUACAGUGCCCUGGAUGCAGAAGGCCUGUAUGUUCUUGGUACCGUGCUGGUGGAUUAUCGAGGUUACCGCAUCACUGCCCAGUCAAUCGUCCCAGGAAUUCUUGAGCGGGACCAAGAGCAGAGUGUCAUCUAUGGUUCCAUUGAUUUUGGAAAGACUGUUGUCUCUAAUGAACAGUUCCUGAAGCUACUGGACAAACCAAGCAAGCAUCUGAGAGUGCAGCGGCAUUUUGUGCUUAACAAAGACGAUUCCAUUGUAGAGUUGUGUUCCUCUGUGGAAUGUAAGGGCAUCGUGGGUAACGAUGGCCGUCACUACAUUAUGGACCUUCUGUUCACAUUUCCACCAGACCUCAACUUUCUGCCUGUGGAUGGAGAGGACCUAAAUACUGAGUGUCAGCAAUUCGGUUUCCCACUUCAGCACCCACAUCGCCUGGUCUGUCUGAGACAAGAGCUAAUCGAGGCAUUUGUGAAGCAUAGGUAUCACUCACAUAAGAGCGUAGUGUCUCAGGACUUUGAUCAAGAAAGCAACAGCAUCAGAGAGGUUGGAUCUCCUCACAGCCCACAUGCAGCUGCUUUGCAACCACCGUCUGAUAUUUCCAGCAAGGGUGUAGAUGUUGCUACCUCUAAUGAGAACAAUGAUUCUCCUUCUCAUUCUAUGAACUGGUCAUCAUUCGAUAUCCGUUUCAACCCUGAUAUUUUCUCCCCAGGUGUACGAUUUCCAAAGGAAUGUUUGCAAGAUAUCCAGGAACAGAAGCAACUUUUAAAGGAUGCUGCAGCUUUUCUAGUGUCAAAACGAAUUCCUGAAUUAAUUAAAAGCUGUGUCGAUCAUCCCGCGUUGCCAAUGGAUGGUUUUACAUUAACCGAGGCUCUCCAUCAAUACGGGAUCAAUAUCCGGUACCUGGGGACAAUCCUGGAGUUUAUCGAGAAAAGUCCUUAUAAGACAAAACUGGACCAUGUUUAUAGAAUUGCGCUGUGUGAGCUGAUCACUAGGUGCACAAAACAUAUAUUCAGGACAUAUUUAUUAGCUGUGGAGUCAUCGUCCCUCUCUGUCUCCGUCAGCCAUUUCCUCAACUGCUUCCUCAGCUCCCCACCUGAUGUACCAGGAGCCCAACAAAUGGACAGACUCUCGUCCAAGCGCAGGAGUCGACGGAGGCGGAGCCGGGGCUCCGUGAGCGGCGAAGUGAGAGCCGUGGGUGGGGCGUGGGCCAGCCUUACCUCCAAUGAACUCUGGAAAACCAUCCAAGCUGAGGCUCGAGAGUAUUAUCACUACUGCCUGCCGUGUGACACUAUAGACCAAGCGGUGGAGAAAUAUGGUUUACAAAGAAUCACUUUGCUCCGAGAGACCUCCAUCAAAACUGGCAUUCAGAUUCUCAUCAGAGACUAUCAGUUUGAUGCCAAGCACAGACCGGUGUUCACCGAAGACGACAUCCUGAACAUUUUCCCUAUAAUAAAGCACGUCAUUCCGAAGGCUAAUGAUGGGAUUUAUCUUCUGCACUGUGGCCAGACCAGCAUUCAGCAAGGAAGCCUGAAAGAAGGCUGUGAGCUAAUCAGCCAGGCUUUGGGCCUGUUCACUAAUGUUUAUGGGGCUUUGCACCAGGACGUCUGCGUCUGUCUUCGCCUGCUGGGACGAAUUUAUUACAUUCUAGGAGACUAUGCUGAGGCACUGAGUCACCAGCAGAAAGCUGUACUGAUCAGUGAGAGAGUUCUGGGAAUCGAUCAUCCAAACACUAUACAGGAAUAUAAACACCUUGGUCUUUAUUGCUUUGCUGGUGGGCAGACGUCCACUGCACUGCGUCUGCUCUACCGCGCCCGCUAUCUCAUGCUGCUGGUGUGUGGAGAAGAUCACCCAGAAAUGGCUCUGCUGGAUAGUAAGAUCGGUCUCGUCUUACACGGUGUCAUGCAGUGUGAUCUCGCACUCAGGUUUCUGGAAAAUGCCCUGGCUUUGACCUCCAAAUACCACGGGCCUACCUCGCUCAAAGUGGCACAAGGUCAUCACUUGUUGGCAAAAGUGAACGAGAGCAAAGGGGAUUUCCGAUCAGCGCUGAGGCAUGAAAAGGAACGAUACGUGAUUUACCGGAGCCAGGUUGGGGAGGAACAUGAAAAGACACAUGAGAGCUCCGAGUACCUGAAGCACCUCACGAACCAGGCUGUAAUUCUGCAGAGGACUAUGAACAUGAUAUACAAAAACCGAUCCGGGCCCAGUAUUACUCCCCUCACUCUCGCCACUCCGAGUCGGCUCUGGGUCGUGGAGCAGCUAAAUCUGGUUACUGGCAUUGUUCUUAUCCCACUCAGCAACAAGGAUCUAGAAACUCUUAGGGAUAACACCCAAAAAACAUCUGCUUAAACACAAACAUGGCAUUUUAUAUUGGUCAGCACCAUGUCAUGGAGGACCAAGACUUACAGUAUUGCACAUCAACUACAGUAUAUGCAUUAUUAUUAUUAUUAUUAUUAUUAUUAUUAUUAUUAUUAUAAAUCAGCAUGACGUCAAUAAGGAAAUCAGGCAUUUUUUUUUUAUUAUUGAUAGAAGAAAAAAACAUCAUGGUAGGACAGAUGAGAAUCAUAAUCCACUGACACGCCCACAUGUGAAGACCAACCUGGAAUCCUGAUUCUUGACUCACAGCAAAAACGUGCCUGCAAAAUACAUAUACAUUUUUUUAGCAUUCUAAUAUCAUUAAUAAUGUAUGUCAGAAUGUAGGUCUUCUUAAUGAUAUAGCCGCUCAUGAUGGUAUAUGCAUUAUUUUGUAUCUUAAAUCUUAGGAAUGAGUUGUGUACUGUAUCUGGAAUGGAGUAAGGCUGCACAGUUUGAAGCUGUUGCAUGGCGCUGUUUCUUAGCAAGGAACAGAAGUGAAGAUGCUGCUGUACUUCCUGCAUUGUGCCAAAUGAUCUGCAAAAAAAGUGCUUAUAUUA